AUGGCUGUGUUUACAAGGAAUACACGACACUUCAGUGCUAGUAUUAUAAGGCGACGAGUUGUUGAUGAUAAGCUCCCAAAGCAGCAAGGGGCAUUGGCGCCCGAAGACCUAGAUCCGACCCCUCCUUCCGCUCAGAACUGGGGCGUUUUAACUUGGUGGACAUUCUGGCUCAGCGCAGUUGCCGACCCCGCCAGUUGGCAAACGGGAGCUAGUAUUAUCCCCCUCGGUCUCUCCUGGAGGGACGCUAUUACGAUAUUGUUCGUCGGGAACAUCAUCAUCGCAAUACCCAUCAUUUUGAAUGGUGUUAUAGGCAGUAAACUGCGAAUCCCCUUUGCAAUUGCUGCGAGAGCAAGUUUUGGAGUUUAUUUCUCUAUCUUCGCCAUAGUAUCCAGGAUUGUACUUGCCUGGUUCUGGUUCGGAAUCGAAUGCUAUAACGGAGGGUCUGUAGUUUCGCAAAUGCUUAGAGCAAUGUCGCCUUCCUACGACAAUAUCCUCAACUAUCCCGAGUCGGUCGGUAUAUCCACUAAAGAUAUGUGUUCUUACUUCCUCUACGCUGUCAUUCAACUGGGGUUCCUCUGUAUUUCUCCAUCCCUGCGUUACUUCCUUGCUGCUAAGACAAUGAUUGUGCCUGCAGUAUCAUUCGGUAUGAUGGGCUAUCUGGUGCACAAGGCUGGCGGUGGCGGGUCCCUUAUUUCACAGAAAUCAACAUUAUCAGGAAGCGCAUACACGUCCGCUUGGCUCCUUUGUUUUGCCGCCAUACAGGGUACUCGCUCUCAACUUACUCAGCUUCCGGCUAUCCCGAUUUGUGGGCUCUUCAUUACUGUAUGCGGGAUUGUGCGAGCGAGUGCGAGCCAAGUCAUCUAUGGAGAAGCCCUCUGGAGUCCUUUUGACAUUCUAGCGCCAUGGAGUUACCGAACCGCUGGAUCCAUUGGAUCAAACAUCACGGCCAACUCUGUCAGCACCGCUAAUGAUCUCACUUCGCUAUUCCCAAGAUACAUGAACCUUAAACGCGGGCAGCUCGUAACAGCGCUUAUCGGAGGAUGGUCGAUGGUCCCGUGGAAGGUUCUCGCUACCGGGGAAACAUUCUUGACAUUCAUGUCUUCGUACUCUGUCAUCAUGGGUCCCAUCUCCGCACUCACGGCCGAUUAUUGGUUCGUCAAACGUGGGGCAUACGACGUCAAAGCUUUAUACGAUCCACACGGGAUCUAUUGA